AUGGCGAAGUACGACAAGAUCGAGGGCUCCCGCACCGGCGAUGCCAAGGAGAUACAAGACAAGCUGAAGAGGAUGCACGAGAUGCGCGAGGAGCGCUUCAAACGACUGCUAGACGGCCUCACGAUGCAGACCGAGGUUCAUUAUCAGACUGCCAUGGCCCUCAGAGAUCGCAACGAGCGGAUGGACAACCAGGUGCGCCAAACGCAUGCGGAAAUGGAGGAGAAGGUUUUCGAGCCGAUGGAACGCCAGUGCGGCGCGUACCUGAACCCGCCAAACCGUCACUUGGAGAUCGAGCGCAACGGUUACAAGAAG